AUUUAAUGCAUUUCGCUGGGCGACGCUUGCCUCCGCCUCCAGCUGUUGAACCUUUUACAAUUUACAAUUACAAAAACGCUUUGAUUCUGUUCUGUUCUCCCGGAAAACCAUGAAAAUGGAGUCGAAUGAAGGGUGGAUUGUUUGCCGCGUGUGCCUGAACAACCAGGGCGACAGCGAGGACCUGCUCCAGGAUAUAUUCAGCCAAAAUGCCAACACACGUCUCGACCAGAUGCUCCACAUCUGCGCAGGGAUUCCAGUCAGUGCCGAUGACAAUUUCCCGGACAAGAUGUGCAGCAAAUGUGCGCGCUGCCUGCGCCUGGCCUACAAGUUCCGACAGACCUGCCAAAGAUCGCACCAGCACAUCUCGGACAUGCUGGCCAGGGGUGGGAACAACACGCGCGGCGGCGGCGAAGAGAGUGCGUCCAGUGGCGAGGACUUUACUGCAGAGAAUAUCGUCAAGAUAUGGGAGGAACACACAGAUCAGCUGGACAUGAGCAAUGUCAAGCUAGAGGAUGAGGAGGAGCCCCAGGAAGAGACUGUCAACUUUAUAGUUACGCCGCAUGAAGACGACACCGGGGGAGAUGGCGAUGGCGAGGGCCUUGAUGCAAUUGUAUACGAUGCCACUGGCGAGGACGAAACGGAGACCACCGUGGUCUACGAAGACACUCAAACUGUGAUCGAGGAUGCGGAAAUGUAUACGGAAUACGAGGAAUAUGAACUCCUGACCAACGAAUCCACACCCCAGCAUAGCACAGACGAGCCGGCAGGAAACCAUUCCCGCAUCGAAUAUCCGGUCGAAGCGCCGGACGAUGAUUUGGCCGUUGAUAUACUCAGCUCGGACGAAGCCAGUGACGAGAAGCCCAAGACAAUGAUUCGAUCGCGACCGCCACGGGUUAAACGAACGGGAAAACUCGGAAUAAUUGCCUUGGAUGGCGCACACUUUGAGAAAAAGCUGGGACGCAAGCCACGGGACAAGCUCAGCACGUACAUUUGUGAUGUAUGCGGGAAUACCUAUCCGACGCAGGCGCGUCUCACCGAGCAUAUGAAGUUCCACAGUGGCAUCAAGCCACACGAAUGCGAAAUUUGUGGACGCGGCUUUGUGCAGAAUCAACAGCUAGUGAGGCACAUGAAUACGCAUACAGGGAAUCGGCCAUACAAAUGCAAUUACUGUCCAGCUGCCUUUGCCGAUCGUUCCACCAAGACCAAACAUCACAGAAUUCAUACCAAGGAGCGUCCCUAUGAGUGCGAUGUCUGCUCUAGAACUUUUACUUAUUCGGAUAAUUUAAAGUUUCACAAGAUGAUCCACACAGGCGAGAAGCCACAUGUCUGCGAUCUGUGUGGCAAGGGUUUCGUCAAGGCCUACAAAAUGCGUCUGCAUCGUGUGACGCACGAGAAGCGCGGCGGUCCCUGGAAGUCUCUAGACGCGAGCAUUGCUGACGAUGCACAUGGCAUUAAAGAUGAAAUUCCAGAGUUUCUCAGUUAGUCAUAGUUUUACAGCAACCAAAAAAUGCCUCAUGUCUGAAGGAAACCAAGCGAAGGAGUAUAGAAAAUAAUGCCUGCGUUUUUUUCAUUUACUUUGUGGUUUAGAAGUUUUUUAGUUGCGCAGUUUUAUAGAUUUACACAGGCCUGUAACUUGUUUCAUCUUAAGUUUAAAGUAAGAGUCAACCUAUUAUAAUCUGACUAGCAAAAGUAACAAUUAUGAAAUGUAUCUUCGGCUACAUAACUAGUGUAAAUAUUCGUAGAUUGUGUACUUGCUCACCUAUCGAAUGGAUCGAUAGAUGAAUCUAUCUUGAAAGAAAUCUAUGUAUGUAAAUUGUUUGUUGUACUAUAAACGCUGCUCUGAAAUACUCAUA